CAUAUUUGAUAGCAAAACCUUCGUAUAUUUAAAUCAUCUUGGCCGGUAAUGAACCGAUGAUUAUCCAUUUCGUGUUUAGCGUAGGAUAAAGCAAAUUACUCGGUGCUUGUUGAUGGCAGUAUUGGUGGCACUGUCAGCUGUGGUUUUGUUCACAAAAUUUUAAUUGUUUCAUGUUUGCAAGAAAUUUUAGAUUGAUAUGGGUCUUAAGUGAUCCUUUGCCUUUUAGGUUCGAAACAGUUUCUUGAGGUUGUGAAAUUCGGUCUCCGGCUGCCAGAUUUGCUGUGGGUUUCGAUCUGUUUAUCUAUCCAAUUUCAUUGAGCUUAUCAUUAAGGUAUUAUGAAUUAAUUUCAGAUGUUGUAUAUGUUAAAUGUGCUCGCCUUUCUAGUUUUGAGGUAUCCCUGAUUACCAAGUUGCGGCUGGAGAAGGAGAUGAUUGAUUGGAUAAGUAAUUAUUUCCUCUUGGAUUUAUUUCCUGGUGUCUUGGAAUUCUUGAUGACUUAAUUAAUUUAUUCAAUCAAUUAUUUAAGUGUGUAUGAUAUGUACGAACAUAUUAUACUUUUGUGUAAGUUUGAUUUGUGGUAAAUUGGAUGGUCUAUACAUUUUUCUUUCUGUCGUUUAUAGGGAGAGAGAGAAUUCAUUGGUACCACAGGAAGACUUUUCAAGUGAUUAUGGAGAAACAGAGCAGUUUUCGGGCAUCUACGAUGGAGAAACAGAAGAGUUUUCGAGGAUUUAUGGAAAAACAGAAAAGUUUUCGCAUUGUGAUGGAGAAGCAGCUCAGCUUCAUCGGAAGCGAGAGGAAGAAGAGCAAGGAAUCACCUGGGAAACGUGGUGACUUACCAAUUCAUUUAGCAGCUCGAGCAGGGAACUUGAGUAGAGUGAAAGAGAUAAUUCAAAACUGUUCUAGUUACGAAUCAAAGGAUUUGUUGGCAAAGCAGAAUCUAGAGGGGGAAACUUCCCUUUAUGUCGCUUCAGAGAAUGGACAUGCUUUGGUUGUUAGCGAGAUACUAAGGUACUUGGACCUGCAAACUGCUUCUAUAGCGGCCAGAAAUGGCUAUGAUCCAUUCCACAUUGCUGCAAAGCAGGGCCAUCUUGAGGUGCUGAGAGAACUACUGCACUCCUUUCCCAACUUGGCCAUGACCACAGAUUUGUCCAAUUCAACUGCUUUACACACAGCUGCAACUCAAGGUCAUAUUGAUGUGGUUAAUCUCCUUCUGGAAUCAGAUUCCAACCUUGCAAAAAUAGCUAGGAAUAAUGGUAAGACUGUUCUUCACUCUGCCGCCAGAAUGGGACAUUUGGAAGUUGUGAAAGCGUUACUAAACAAGGAUCCAAGUACUGGAUUUAGGACUGAUAAGAAAGGUCAAACUGCACUACACAUGGCUGUGAAAGGGCAAAAUGGAGAAAUUUUGCUGGAAUUGGUAAAACCUGACCCGGCAGUUUUAAGUCAAGAGGAUAAUAAAGGAAAUACUGCAUUACAUAUUGCCACAAAGAAGGGCCGUACUCAGAAUGUCCGCUGCUUGUUAUCAAUGGAGGGUAUCAAUAUCAAUGCCAUGAACAAGGCUGGAGAGACCCCUCUUGAUGUUGCAGAAAAAUUCGGAAGUCCAGAACUUGUCUCCAUUUUGAGAGAUGCUGGGGCUGCCAAUUCCACUGACCAAGCGAAACCUCCAAAUGCUUCAAAGCAACUCAAGCAGACUGUCAGUGACAUAAAGCAUGAUGUACAAUCCCAGCUCCAACAGACGCGUCAGACUGGCAUGAGGGUCCAGAAAAUUGCAAAGAAGUUGAAAAAACUCCACAUUAGUGGCCUGAACAAUGCAAUAACCUCUGCUACUGUUGUUGCCGUUCUCAUUGCCACUGUUGCUUUUGCAGCUAUCUUCACAGUCCCUGGUCAAUACGUUGAAGAAAAAGCACAGGGGUUUUCACUUGGACAAGCAAAUAUAUCAAACAAUGCUGCUUUCCUAAUAUUUUUUGUGUUUGAUAGCCUGGCAUUAUUCAUCUCUCUGGCAGUUGUGGUGGUUCAAACUUCUGUAGUUGUGAUUGAACAAAAGGCAAAGAAACAGCUUGUUUUUGUCAUUAACAAGCUCAUGUGGAUGGCUUGCCUUUUUAUUUCCAUUGCCUUCAUUUCUCUCACAUACGUGGUGGUGGGAUCACACUCCAGAUGGCUUGCUAUUUAUGCUACUGUGAUUGGAAGCUUAAUAAUGCUCUCUACAAUUGGCUCCAUGUGCUAUUGUGUCAUUUUGCAUAGAAUGGAGGAGACAAAAUUGAGGGCUGAGAGUCGUUCUUUCUCUCUGUCUCAUGCAUCAGACCAAGAGAUUUUAAACAGUGAAUACAAGAGGAUGUACGCACUGUAGGAUUGUUGCGUGCGUCCGUGUGUGUGUGUGUUGUGUUUGUGAAUGAAUGGUUUGUAUCUUGCAGCAUAUUCUUGAGGUGAUAAUAGAUAGUUCCUACAGAUUGUACGAAGACAACCUAUGAUCUGUUAGACUGCAGAUAUCCCGAGAAAAGAGGAUAGGAAGAAAAAAGGCGGGAAAUCUUCGUCACAUCCACACGUAAGCAGAAAUGCUGUUUUAUUAUCAAAUUUAGUAUGAUGUUAUUUAAAUGAUUAUCCCGU